ACGAUGAAUUUGUUUGUGAUUGCUAGGUUAUUUCAUGUUUCGUAUUUAUUUUUUAACUGUUCGAUUAUAUACGAUAGAUUACGAGAUACAUAAAUAUGGAGAACCCAGAUACGCCUCAAAUUAUUACUCACAUAGAACAUAAUCUUGAUCAUUCCUUAUUCGAUUGCAAGUGGAUUCCUUGUUCGGCGAAAUUUGUUGUUAUAGGAUCUUUACCUAAAGGAAGUGGUACAAUUGAAAUAUUCGAAAUAACAUCUGGUGAAAUUAAAAAAGUAAAGGAGAUAGAACGUCCAAAUUCUUAUAAGUGCUGUACGUUUGGAGCUAGCAGUGAUGUUGAACGACGGCUUGCUACUGGUGACUUCAAGGGUACCUUAGAAAUAUGGGAUCUUGAAAAAAGUUGCCAAGUAUACAUAACAAAAGAACACUCGGAUAUAAUUAAUUCAAUAGAUGGCAUUGGUGGCAAUAUUGUUAAUUGUGGAGCUCCUGAAAUUGUGACUGGAAGUCGAGAUGGAACUGUCAAAGUUUGGGAUCCUCGGCAAAAGGGUAAGCCAGUUGCCAACAUGCAACCAGCAAAAGGGGAGACAAAAAGAGAUUGUUGGGCUGUGGCAUUUGGUAACUCAUUCAAUGAUGCAGAAAGAAUUGUUACGGCUGGUUAUGAUAAUGGUGAUUUGAAAAUGUUUGACCUGCGCACAAUGUCUUUGAGAUGGGAAUGCAAUUUAAGAAAUGGGGUAUGCUGUGCAGAAUUUGAUCGUAAGGACAUUCCAAUGAACAAAUUAGUAGCAACUACCUUGGAAGGGAAGUUUCACGUGUUUGAUGUUAGAACACAGAAUCCUACUAAAGGUUUUGCACAGGUGCUUGAUAAUACUAUCAAGAGUGGUACAAUAUGGGUGGCUCGACAUUUACCACAAAAUCGUGACUUGUUUAUCACUUGUGCUGGCAAUGGACAUGUUUCAUUGUGGAAGUAUGAAUAUCCAGAGCAACGCUACCACGUCGAUUCUCAAGGCGUGGCUAUCGGAGUUCCCGGUAAAUUGAAUCGCUUACAACGCAUGGUGAUCAGCUCUCAGCCGAUAAACGCUUGGGAUUGGAACAGGGAUCACUUCGGUCUGGCUGUAGCUACGGCGUAUGACCAGUAUGUUAGGGUUUUAGUCACUACGAAGCUGAAUUUACAUUAAAUUUUUUUUUUUUGACAAUUGAGAUGGAUAAGUUAAUAAAAUAUAAUUGAGACCUUCUAAGUGGCCUUGUCGUGAAUGCAACAAAUAGCAUUGCAAAAUGACUUCAAAAAAUGGAUAUUGUCGUUAAAUUAAAAUGCGAAUUAUGAGAAUUACUUAUGUUUUUUUAAUGCUUACUUUUAAAGUACCUAGGUACAGAUACACGAAACUCGUGUCGCUUGUACAUUUUAAGAAAAUGUUCCUUAAAUUAUAUUUACAGUUUAAUUAUUUAAGCUAUAUGACUUAUAAGUAUAUACUAUAAAGCUUUGUAUUAGAGCACAGAGUGUGUAUUUUGUUAUCGAAGCAAAUAAAACAACAUGUCAAUUUUCUAACUCAAAA